GUCUUGCUUCUUCACAUUUGCGCGCAAUGGGUUCGGACGAUUGAUAGAAGUCUUAAAACAAAAUUCCAAUGCGGUUAUAACACACACACGCACGCACGCACACGCGACACGCACCAACAGCAGAUGUUCAGUGUGGAUGUGUGGGCGGUUGUGGCUGGGCAUGUGCUGAACAACAAUGACAACGACCAUCGUUAUGAUGAUGAUGGGGUUGUGGAGAGCGACUAUGAGGAUAAGGCCCGCGUGCGCUCGGUUAUGAACCUCAUGCUCACGUGCCGGGAGCUGUACCACGAUCUGCCGUGGGCCAUGCCAAAGUGGAGUGUGUGGAUGAAGCGUGCCGUGUCCGAGACCUGGCUGGAUGAUGAUGAUGAUGGCGAUGAGGACGAUGAUGGGUUAGGGGUGGAGGGGGGUGCGGUUGAACGGAACAACGGGGAUGAUGCCGCUCAUGGUGAUGCAUGUGGAGUCAUCACGGAGGAUGCGCGGCAAGACACGACUGCAGACACAGACACAGCUGCAGACACAGCUGCAGACAAAGCUACAGACACGGUCGCAGAAACCCACACGGCUGCGGAACAAUGCCCCGCCACAGCUAGCGGCAUGACGCCGGUGAGGUACCGUGCGUGGCUGCAGAUGCGAUUCCUUGUGCACAGCUGGCUGGGCAUGACGUGGCGGCACCAGUGCCCCUUCCUGCUGAAACCCGACGCGUGGUACCCGCCCUGGUUUAGGGACGACUUCCGGCGCUGCGUGCGGGUCAGGUACUUGACGCUGGCCGACUUGGAGUUGUGGCGGCGAACACACUCCGACAGCGACGACAGUGACAAUGGAAGUGAAGAGGGCGGCUGUGCCAAUGCUGAUGGCGAGCCCUAUCGCCUUAGCCCCCAGGAUGCAGCCAACAGCAGCCCAAACGGGCACACGAGAGAACAACAACAACAACAACAACAACAACAACAACAACAACUACAACAACAAUUACAACAACAACAACAACAACAACAACUACAACAACAACAACAACAACAACAACAACAACAACAACAACAACAACAACAACAGCAGCAGCAGCAGCAGGCGUUGCAGCCUGCGUGGUACUCGGUGUCGGCGCUGCUGAUGAACCAGGCGGAUGCGGAUGAGCUGGCUGAGGUGUGCAGCCGGUACAGUGCCGGCACGGGCUCCCUCAACAUCAGCGUCCGAGGCCCGGUGCAGCAUCUUGCGGUGCGGAAAGCCGAUAUCGUCACGCUGCACGCGACAAGUACCGUGGACAGCGUCGAGUUCGUCGAUAUUGGCCACCUGUGCUGGUUUGUGCAUGACACGCAAGAGCACAUACGCGGGACUAUGCAGCGUGUGCGGUCGGUGUACAUUGGCGGGUUUGGCACGACCCUGAUUCGAGACAUCAGCAUCCUGGCUGGCGUGGACGUCGUGCACCUGUCUGACCUGCCCGCGGUUGAGGACGUGUCUUCACUGUCCACCGCACGUGAAGUUCAUCUUCAUCGCAUGUACGGUGUGGACCUGACCCCACUCACGCGCAUCCCCACACUACACUUAACCAGCGCCAGGCUGCAGGCGCCACACAACGCGCUGUACUGCGAGGACGUGUCUCUCUUUGAUGUCAGCGGCCUGCCAAGCGUGCUGCACCUGCCCCACGCACGCUGCAUCGAGGUCACAGACUGCGCUGGCAUCACGGAGCUGGUCUUAUCCAAUGGCAAUGGCAGUGACGGUGGUGUUGGUGGCGGUGGUGCUUGCAAGAGUACUGCUGCACAUGGUGGUGGUGGUGAUGAUCAUCAUGAUGAUCAUGGUCGACACAACAACAGCAGUAGCAGCAGCAACAGUAACAACAUGAACAGCAGCAGCAACCGUGACGGCAACGCCACCAUUCCCACCAUUCCCACCACGGCCAGUGACCACACCACCUGCGGUCAACUCGGCUACUUUGCGCUCCAGGACUGCCCAUCGCUGCGUGCGCUGCCGACCUUCCGCCACGCCCGCCGCGUGCACCUCAAGAUGCCGCUCUCAUCAGCCAUGCUGCACACCUUAGGACAGCGCGUGGACAGGCUCGGGCUGAGUGGCGAUGCAGUGGGCGACCUCUCCCUGCUGCACUGCAUCCCAGACCACGUCUUUGUCAGCAUCAAAGACUGCGUGCUCACGGCCACGCGCGCUUUGGUGCAUGACGCUGCCGUUGCCAAUCUCCCCGCGUGCGUGCGCCAACUGCAGCUGUGCAUCACCACAGGCAGUGACGACGAAGACGACCACGACGACGAUGCUGUUGGUGCUGGACUCGCGAGCCGCCGAGGAGGUGGCGAGGUUGAUGAGCGUGUAGGGGGAGCACAUGCAGAAGAGGAGGAAGAGGGGCAAGCGCAGGAUGAUAAUGAUGGAGGCGAAGUCGCCAGGGAGGGCGAGGCACGCAGCAGCAACCAAGUUGAGCUAGUCCUCGAGGACAUUGAUGACAGCAAUGCCGACACCAACAGCGACAGCCACAACCACGACCACGACCACACCAACAGCCAACGCCACGACCACGGCCACCAGCACAGCAGCGAUGGCAACAGCAGCACCCGUGCUUGUGCAAUCUUGCCAGCUGCACGGACCAGCACCACCUAUCCAACGCUUGACCUGGGCCACUUUGCGCACGUGCGGCGGCUGACCAUCAGCGUGGACCACGAGGUGCCAGUCACUGUGGACGGUGUUGCCGCCCUGCGCAGCAUUACCCACCUCGACCUGACGCGGUGCCAUUUCCUCAGUACCGAGAUUGCCGGGUGCAAGCGCGUGGAGCUUUGCAGCUGCAGCGGGCGGGUGUCUGUCGUGGACGCCGAUGUGCUGAGGGUGGAUGGCGGCGAGGGGCUUGAGCUGACGGCGGUGCGAGACGUGCGACUGGUGGAGCUGUGUGCCCUGAGGCCGCCUGCGCGCCUGCCGCGCAUGUCUAACGUGUAUUCGUGUCGCAUGCUCAGCUGCAGCAUCAACGACGCCUCCACCUGGGCGCGGCUUGAAGGCGUGCACCGUCUGUUUCUGCACAUGUGCACGAUUGAGGACAUGCAGGCACUCCCCGCGCUACCCACCUUGACCUUGGUGUGGUGCAGGGUGUACCGCGAGUCUGUCAAUUGGCGCUGGCCAGAUGCCGUGUUUGUUGGCCGCACUGCUGCCUACAUGCGCGACGCUCUUGAGCGCGGCCUGGUCCUGGCUGACGACGACAGCGACGUGUCUGAUGAUGAUGCAUGGGACUCGGAGUGA